AUGUAUGACCUUCUGAAAAAGCUUGGAAGAAAUGUGGUGAUAGUUAACUUAGAUCCUGCAAAUGAUACUAUGUGUUACAAACCAGAUAUUGAUAUAAGAAACUUAAUUGUGCUUGAAGAAGUUAUGUCCCAACAUAACCUUGGGCCAAACGGGGCUCUGCUGUAUUGCAUGGAAUAUUUAGAAAAAAAUAUAGAUUGGUUGUUUGCUCAAUUAAACAGUGAUAAUUACACAAAUUACAUAUUUGACUUGCCUGGCCAAGUGGAACUUUACUGUCACCACAAGAGCUUAAGUAAUAUAUUUACUUCUCUUAACAAUAAUGGUAAUAUUCAGUUAUGUGUGGUACACUUGGUAGAUUCACAUCAUUGUUCUGAUGCUGGUAAAUUUAUAGCAGCUUUGAUGUUAUCAUUAAAUGCUAUGCUAAAAAUUGGAUUGCCUCACAUUAAUAUACUAACAAAAGCAGAUUUGUUAAAGAAACAUUUAGACAGAUUACAGUUUGGUAUAGAUUUUUACACUGAAGUAUUAGAUUUAAAUUAUUUACUUGACUGUCUUGACACAGCCAAAUUUACCAGCAGAUAUAAAAAGUUAAACAGUGCCUUAGUAUCUAUCAUUGAAGAUUACAGCUUAGUUUCAUUUCAACUUGUUGACCUAAGGAAAGAAGAGAGUUUACUAAAUGUACAAAAAUUAGUAGAUAAAUCAAGUGGAUAUGUUUUCAAAGCUGAAGAGGGGCGUCAUAUCAAUAGUAUGUUGGCAUGUGCAAUGGGAGUCGGAGAACCAGUUUCUUAUGAUGAAUAA